AUGGAGCAGAUUCAUGAUCAGCUCAUAAUGCAAAAUGCACUCAGUCCAACUUCAAAAGUCCCCAUCAUUAUCAAUUUUCACACUGUCCGAAAGUCCAAAGUCUCAUCUGAGAUUCAAGACUGUGUCUUUAACUUAAUUCCAUGGAUUGAUAGUUGGUGCUCCUCAGCAAUGUCUAAAGCUGAAAAGGAAAAUGAGGGAAAACAAAAGGAAGAAGAAAAGAGAUGCUUGAUGGCCAACAACAGAUUAUUCAACUCUAUUUUUGAGUAUCCGAACAAUACCAUCAAGACUUCAAAAUACACUAUCUUUAACUUUCUGCCUCUGAACCUAUUUGAACAGUUCCAGAGGCUUGCAAAUGCCUAUUUCCUUGUCUUGCUGCUCCUCCAGUUGAUUCCCCAGAUCUCCUCUUUGGCUUGGUACACAACUGUGAUACCCCUGAUAGUGGUGCUGUCCAUUACCGGAGUGAAAGAUGCCAUCGAUGAUGUGAAGAGGCACCAAAAUGACAAGCAAGUUAACAACCGUUCUGUCCUGGUGCUGGUGAAUGGCAGGGUGAAAGAGGACAAAUGGAUGAAUGUCCAAGUGGGAGAUAUAAUAAAACUCAAAAAUGACCACCCUGUUACAGCAGAUGUACUGUUACUUUCUAGCAGUGAGCCAUGUGGUCUGACAUACAUUGAGACAGCUGACCUGGAUGGUGAAACCAACCUGAAAGUGAAGCAAGCCAUCUCAAUUACCAGUGACAUGGAAGAUGACUUGGAGCUACUUUCUGCCUUUAAAGGAGAAGUGAAGUAUGAGCUUCCCAAUAACAAGCUGGACAAGUUUUCAGGAGUACUGAGCUAUCAGGGGAAGACCUACCUCCUGGAUCAAGACAGGCUGCUGCUCCGGGGCUGCAUCAUCAGGAACACAGACUGGUGUUACGGUUUGGUGAUUUAUGCUGGUCCAGAUACCAAAUUAAUGCAGAACAGUGGAAUCACCGCCUUUAAACGGACACAUAUAGAUCAUCUCAUGAAUGUCCUUGUGCUCUGGAUUUUCCUGGGUUUAGGUGCAAUGUGCUUUAUCCUAGCAAUUGGUCAUUACAUUUGGGAGAACAAGAAAGGCUACCACUUCCAGAUAUUUCUACCACAGGCACAUCAUACCUCCUCAUCAGCUAUGUCUUCUUUCUUCAUGUUCUGGUCCUACUUCAUAGUUCUGAACACCAUGGUACCCAUUUCCCUCUAUGUCAGUGUUGAAAUAAUAAGACUCGGCAAUAGUUUCUAUAUCAACUGGGAUCGAAAGAUGUUUUAUGCACCAAAGAACAUCCCAGCACAGGCUCGUACUACCACCCUUAAUGAGGAGCUCGGGCAAGUCAAAUACGUGUUCUCUGACAAAACAGGAACCCUGACUCAGAACAUCAUGAUUUUCAACAAGUGUUCUAUUAAUGGGAAGCUCUAUGGUUAUUGUUAUGACUCCAGUGGACAGAUUGUGCAAAAGUGUCCUAAAGACAAGGUUGACUUUUCCUACAACCUCCUGGCUGAUCCUAAGUUUUCAUUUUAUGACAAUACUUUGGUGGAAGCAGUGAAAAGUGGAGAUUACUGGGUGUAUUUGUUCUUCCUUUCCCUCUCUCUGUGUCACACGGUGAUGCCAAGUGAUAAAACAGAAGGUAAGCUGGAAUACCAGGCUCAGUCCCCAGAUGAAGGUGCCCUGGUCACUGCUGCCAGAAACUUUGGUUUUGUGUUCUAUUCCCGCACAUCUGAGACAAUCACAGUGGUGGAAAUGGGGAGCACCAGAGUUUACCAACUGCUAGCUAUUUUGGACUUCAACAAUGAGCGCAAGAGGAUGUCUGUCAUUGUGAGGACACCUGAAAACCGGGUCAUGUUGUUCUGCAAGGGAGCAGACACCAUCAUCUGUGAGCUGCUUCAUUCAUCCUGUGCAUCCCUUAGUGAUGUGACCAUGGAUCAUUUAGAUGAUUUUGCCAGUAAAGGCCUUCGCACCCUCAUGGUGGCUUACCGAGAGUUGGACAAUGCAUUUUUCCAGACCUGGAUCAAUAAGUAUACUGAAGCCUGCCUAAGUUUUAGUGAUCGGAAAAAAAACAUAUCUGUUAUCUAUGAAGAGGUUGAAAAAGACUUGAUAUUGUUAGGAGCCACAGCCAUAGAGGAUAAGCUGCAAGAUGGAGUACCUGAGACAAUCAGCACCUUGAGCCAAGCCAAAAUUAAACUGUGGGUUCUCACUGGCGACAAACAAGAAACUGCUAUGAACAUUGCCUACUCCUGUAGUGUGUUCAAAGAUGAAAUGGAUGGGAUAUUCAUAGUGGAAGGCAGCAAUAGUGAGACGGUGCUGCAGCAACUCAGAACAGCCCGGAAAACAAUGAAACCUGAGUCUCUACUGGAGUCAGAUCCUGUAAAUAUUUACCUCACCAACAAAUACAGAAGGUCUUUCAACAUUCCUGAGGAGGUGCCCAAUGGCAACUAUGGCUUGGUCAUCAGUGGCUGCAGUCUGGCCUUUGCUCUUGAAAAGAACGUGGAGCUGGAGCUGCUGCGAACUGCAUGCAUGUGCCAAGGGGUGAUCUGCUGCCGGAUGACACCCCUUCAGAAGGCCAAGGUGGUAGAGCUGGUGAAGAGGUACAAGAAGGUGGUGACACUGGCCAUUGGGGAUGGGGCCAAUGACAUCAACAUGAUCAAAGCUGCCCAUAUUGGAGUUGCCAUCAAUGGCAAUGAAGGGAUGCAGGCCGUGCUCCACAGCGACUUUGCCUUCUGCCAGUUCCACUACCUUCAGCGUUUACUCUUGGUACACGGCCGCUGGUCUUAUAUGCGCAUGUGCAAGUUUCUCAACUACUUUUUUUACAAGAACUUUGCCUUCACCCUGGUGCACUUCUGGUAUGCCUUCUUCAAUGGGUUCUCCGCACAGACAGUUUAUGAUACCUGGUUUAUCACGUGCUACAACCUGGUCUACACCUCCCUUCCUGUCCUGGGCAUGAGUCUGUUGGACCAGGAUGUAAGAGAAAAAUGGAGUCUAGUGUUCCCACAGCUGUAUGAGCCAGGCCAACACAACCUGUAUUUCAACAAGAAGGAAUUUGUGAAGUGUUUAGUACAUGGGAUCUACAGUUCCUUCGUGCUGUUUUUUGUCCCCAUGGGGACCGUUUACAACUCAGAGCGCAGUGAUGGGAAGGACAUCUCCGACUUCCAGUCCUUCUCCCUGAUAGUGCAGACCUGCUUGAUCUGGGUGGUGACAUUGCAGGUGGCCCUGAAGAUAACCUUCUGGACAGCAAUAAGCCACACCAUUGUCUGGGGUAGCCUGGGUCUCUACUUUUGCGUCUUAUUCUUCCUCUACAGUGACGGCUUGUACCUGCUAUCCCCCGGCACCUUUCAGUUCCUAGGUGUGGCCAGGAACACUAUGGACCAACCACAGAUAUGGCUGGGCCUUAUCCUCAGCAUGGUUCUCUGUGUGAUUCCCGUGAUUGGGUACAACUUCCUCAAAAAACAAUUAUGCCCUCUCCACGUUGAUAAGAUUCUGGACAGUAUUCACGAUUGCAUGGGAAAUCCACUAUCACCCCCAAUCUGUGCCAGUGUGAAACGCCCAAGCCUCCGACGGUCUGCCUAUGCGUUCUCCCACAAAGAGGGCUUUGGAGCCCUCAUCACUUCCAGCAAGAUAAUGAGGUUCUGUAUCUCAAAGAUAUUUAAGAGUAAUCAAAUAGGGCUGAAGAAAUGGGUUCUACCGGGAGGCACGGUGGAGAAUCGCGGCCCCAGGCUACCCGGCAGAUCGCCCAGCCUGCGCGCCAGGCUCCUCCCGGACUCCAGCACCCGCGGGGGCAGGGGGGACGGGACGUCCCCGCAGCUUCGCGCACCGCUCGGCUCGGCUCGGCUCGGCUGGGCUCGGCUCGAUUCGGCUGGGCUCGUUGGGCUCGGCUCGGGGCAGGCGCGGCGCGUGACUCUGAGCGAGCCCAGAGCCCAGAGUCACGGCGGGCCGAACCAACGCGAACACCGCGGGGUAACCCAGAGCGGACCAUCGGCGCCACGCCCGCAGGGGGGAGGCGGGCGUUACCAAGCCGGUGGAGAGGAGGGGAGCGCCGGCGUGCGCGGGCUGCCACGCGACCCCUGCCGGCGUGAGACGCCGCCGCCGCCGCCCGCGCGGAAGGACAAAGCUGAGGCGAGAAGCGAGGUAGGAGCGUCUGUCCCGACCGGAGACCCCCCCGCCCGCUCCCACGCUGCAGGGGGCUCCCUUAGAAUGAGGCCCUCUGCCCGCCGCUUGCCCACUUCGCCCGGCGCUCCCCACCCUCGGCCCCACCCUCGCGGCUCUCCUACCCUUGGCAUACACCUUCCCCGGUCCUCUCGGGUCCACCCCAACUGUCCCCUCAAACUGCCCUCUCGAGCAUCCUCCCCACCCCUCCGCCGACUCGUGCCCGGUCCCCGCCGCCGAGCCCGCGUCCGCCAGUCAUCCAGGACUGUGACUGCAGUGCCACCCGGGUCCUCUCUGCACCCUUCGUGCCUUCCCCGGGCCUCGUCUCUGCCGGACGCCGCCGUCGGUUCUCCCUCCCUCCUCCUCGCCCCGUGUUACCUGGGGCAAACCUCUGUAGGUGGGCCGCUCCAGCCACCUGCCGCGAAGGGCACGGCGCGGCGAGUGCCAGGGCUGCUGUGGACCAGGGCGGCUGGCGCUGCGGGCGCAGAGAGGCAGAGCGCGGCGCUAUUCAUCUUUGUUUCCGGCUCCCCACGUAGUGCCUGGCACUUGGUAGCACGUAUGGAAUACCUAUGGGCCGAUGAAUGA